AUGGUAACAGAGGAGGGUUACUAUGGAAACAAACAAGAUUUACCCACAUCUACACUGACUGUGACACAAGACAGUCCUGUAUUCACUGGAGAGACAGUCAGUCUGACAUGUGUGAUUGAGUCUUACAGUAACUGGAGAUGGAGAAUUUACAAAACACAAGACUGGACAUAUGACUGGACACCUGACUGGAGAUAUGAGUGGUACAAAGGCACAGACAGUGUAAUGUUACAGACGUCUGAGCGUUACACUGUAAAAGGAGACACUUUCAUUAUCAAAGGAGUAAUUACAUCUGAUCAGGAUCAGUACUGGUGUAGAGGACAGAGAAAUGAAAGACCAAAAUCAUCACAAUCAAGCUCUAAAGUUUCUCUUACUGUAACGGUGAAACCAAAACCUGUAGUGAAGGUGACGCCAGAUCAGCGUGUGUUCAGAGGAGAGACAGUCACUCUCACAUGUGACAUACAGGGAGGAGGAAACAUUCAGUGGACAUACAGCUGGUUUAAAGAUGGUUCAGUCAUCAGACACGUCACUGAGAGAGUCUACACCAUCACAUCUGUGUCUGAUAGUGGUGAAUACAGCUGUAGAGGAGAGAGAUCAGACUCACAGAGAUCAGACAUCAGUGCUGCUGUUACACUGACUGUAUCAGGUCUAAAGCCAAAGCCUGAACUCACAUCAGAUCCUGCAGGAGCUGCACUGACAGGAAACACAGUGACUUUGACCUGUCGCAUGGAUCCGUCCACUGGAUGGGACUUUUACUGGUACAAACACACAUCGAACUCUGAGACAAAGAAGACAGAAACAAACUCCUACAGAGUGAAGAUUGAUUCAGUGUCUGAUGGAGGCCAGUACUGGUGUAGAGCUGGAAGAGGGACACCAGUCUACUACACACAAUACAGUGAUGCACUGUGGGUAAAUGUUACAGUGAGUCCUAAAGCUGUGGUGACGGUACGACCUGAUGAACGAGUGUUCAGAGGAGAAACAGUCACUCUCAGAUGUGAUAUAAAAUGGGGAGGAGACACUGAGUGGACGUACAGAUGGGAAAUAGAGGGAACAAACUACCAACAUAAAAACUCUGUCAGCCGAAUCUCAACACAAGAGUGGAACAUCAGCAGUGUUGAUCACAUUCACAGCGGUAAAUACACCUGUACAGGACAAAAAAACACACAAUGCUCUCAGCGCAGUGAUGCUGUUACACUGAAUGUAUCAGCUGAAGCUCAGGCAGCAGUGCGAGUGUCUCCACAGCCGUGGCUGACUGAAGGAGACUCAGUGACUCUGAUCUGUGAGGUUACAGGCUCCUCUACAGGCUGGACGUUCAGCUGGUUCAGAGAUGAUGAUCAUCUGUCAGACAGCAGCAGAGGAGCUGGAGGCUCUUACACUCUCAGUCCUGCUGCUCUACAGCACACAGGAGUUUAUACGUGCAGAGCAGAGAGAGGACGACCGGCCUAUUACACAAAGUACAGUAACACACAGCCACUGU